CAGGUACACAUUCAAGAUGGCGUCGGCUGAGGGGACAGCGGCGGCGGGGACCGCCGCGGACCCGGCCCCGGAGCCCGCCUCGCCCCCCAGCGCCGGGGACGGCCCGGCGGUGGCGGCCACGGGGGUACUGGGCCUGACGGACCUGCCCGGGGAGCUGCUGGAGCUGAUCCUGUGCUGCCGCUCGCUGGGCGCCGCCGAUCUGGGUCACGUCGCCUGCACCUGUCGGCGGCUGCGCGAGCUUUGCCAGGGCGGCGGCAACGUGUGGCGGCGGCAGUUCCGAGAGAGGUGGCCCUCUCUCCUGAAGUACUACAGUCACACAGAGGGCGUGAACUGGUUGGAGGAAUACAAAGCGCGCCAGAGUGCAGGCUUGGAAGCCCGCAGGAUUGUCGCCUCCUUCUCUAAGAGGUUCUUCUCAGAGCACGUCCCUUGUAAUGGAUUCAGUGACAUUGAGGAUCUUGGGUGCCCAGGACACUUUUUUGAGGAUGAACUGAUGUCCAUCCUUAAUAUGGAAGGAAGGAAGGCUCUGACCUGGAAAUACUAUGCCAAGAAAAUUCUUUAUUUCCUCCGACAACAAAAGAUCUUAAAGAAUCUGAAGGCAUUUCUUCAGCGGCCUGAGGACCAUGAAUCAUUUCUAGAAGGUGCUGUGUUAAUUGACCAGUAUUGCAAUCCUCUUGCUGAUAUCUGCCUAAAAGAUAUCCAGUCCCAAGUUGAGAGUAUCACAGACCAAGUGCGCAAAAUCCUUCGUGGGAAAAACUGUCGCCACCCCAGCUUGGCCUUCAAGGCAGGAGGGACCAUGAUAACUGAAGGGGAGCUCCAGAGCCAGGUCCUUGAGGCCAUCAACUAUGUGCUUUAUGAUCAGCUCAAAUACAGAGGGAACCGAAUGGAUUACUACAAUGCCCUGAACCUGUACAUCCAUCAGGUGUUGAGCCGGAGAACAGGCAUCCCAAUUAGUCUCUCUGUGCUCUACUUGACGAUUGCUAGACAGCUGGGAGUCCGACUGGAGCCCGUCAAUUUCCCAAGUCACUUCUUGUUAAGAUGGUGUCAAGGUAUCGAAGGGAGCCAAGAUAUUUUUGACUACAUUUACAUAGAUGCCUUUGGGAGAGGAAAGCAGCUGACUGUGAAAGAAUGUGAAUAUCUGAUUGGCCACCAUGUGACAGAAGAGUUCUACGGGGUUGUUAGUUCUAAGAAGGUAUUGCAGCGAAUGGUGGGAAACCUCUUAAGCCUGGGAAAGCGGGAAAGCACGGAUCAAUCUUACCAGCUCUUAAGGGACUCCUUGGAUCUGUAUCUGGCCAUGUAUCCAGACCACGUCCAGCAUCUCUUGCUUCAAGCCAGGCUCUACUUCCAUUUAGGAAUUUGGCCAGAAAAGGUGCUGGACAUUCUGCAGCACAUCCAGACCCUGGACCCCUCCCAGCAUGGGGCAGUCAGCUACUUGGUGCGGCACACUUUGGAGCACAUUGAGCGCAAGAAGGAGGAGACUGGGCUGGAGGUGAAGCAUCGCUCCGAGGAGAAGCACCGGGACGUCUGCUACUCCAUCGGGCUCAUCAUGAAGCAUAAGAGGUACGGUUAUAACUGUGUGAUCUACGGCUGGGACCCAACCUGCAUGAUGGGCCACGAGUGGAUCAGAAACAUGAACGUCCACAGCCUGCCCCAUGGCCACCAUCAGCCAUUCUAUAACGUCCUAGUGGAAGAUGGGUCCUGUAGGUAUGCGGCCCAAGAAAAUCUGGAAUAUAACAUGGAGCCUCAGGAAAUCUCUCACCCCGAUGUUGGUCGCUAUUUUUCAGAGUUUACUGGAACUCAUUAUAUAGCAAACGCAGAGCUAGAAAUCCGGUACCCAGAGGAUUCAGAGUUUGUAUGUGAAACAGUGCAGAACAUCUACAGUACCAAGAAGGAGGACAAAGAAUGAGGGUGGACAGAGUACAGACAGUGGGCGAGAGAGUGCCCCUCUGCCAUGGCUGCUGCUCUCUUGUGCGAGGCCUGGCUUCUGGGGGCACGUUGUCCCCAUGAGCCCCUCGGGCUCCAUCUCCAACCAGGAAUAGUGGCUCCCUUCUAAGUUAAAGAAUCCUAAUGCGUGCCAGCACUCUGAUACAAAGGUGAUGUCGCCCACCUCCAACACGAGUGAAAUCCUUGGGAAGGCAGCGCAGUCGGUUGGUGCCACAGCUUGUCCUGAGGAGACAAUUUAUUAGCAAUUAUUGUUCUCAAGGUCUUAUGGUCAGCACUGUAUUUAGCCUCUUACCCAUUUUGUAAAUCUUGUGCUUAAUGUAGUUUGUGUCCAUGAACCAGAAGGGGUUAAUAUGUGUAUAAGAAUUUUUGAAAUCAAAUUUCCCUUGGAAUUUGUGCAAUCGUAAGUCGAAUAUGUCUUAUUUAUCCAUGAGUUUAAGUAAACUUUUGGAAGUUAACUUGUAAGUGAUCCCAGGAAUGUGGCUGGGAAGUACUUAGGCCUCUCUCCUCAGAGACACUCAUUUCAGUGAGUUUAAUGGCCGUUUGAAUUUUCUUCCCGAUCUUUGACACAGAUAAAAUGGGAAGCAUCAAGUGUGGGGAGCACUGUCCCUUUUCCUGUUCUCAGUUCCUCCUCCUCCUCCUCUUUGCUCACGAGGUCGUGUCCUUACCCCAGCCAGCCAUCACUGUAUCCAUUCUAUCACAUUAAGCUGUUUCAAGAACAUCCAUGAGUGGAAUGUUCUCUGGUGGGUUUUUCUAUAUGAAGCCAAUAGAGUUGCCUUUAAACUAUUUAAAUUCAGUAAAUGGGACUAUUCUUCCCCCAGGAAGUGAUCAUUGCUAUGGGCUCAGCUCAGUGAUAUAUCACUUGCCGCAACAUGGACGAGGGCCCAUCUGAAGCUUAGAGCCAGUUGGGUGCCAUCUCAUGACACCUGACCUCCCAAGACCUAAAAAGGGCAGUCUGAUGACCAGCCUGCCAGAGAAGGAGAAGGAAACGAGCUGCUUCAAACCCCAUAGGAAGUACCUAGGGCCAGAAAAGCAUCAGGACAAGCAAACUAUAAUUAAGUUGCUUGGGGAGAGUCUGCGAUGGUAGACGAGUAGUCUGCUGUUGUCUCCUUUUGAGAGUUACUUAGCUUUGGAAUGUGGAGGUGCCAGGCAUUUAUGCAGCUUUGUGAGAGGUUGGAUAGACCCCUUGUGCUUGUCAAAAGCUUAGCACCCUCAAAUGAGCUAAUGCUGUAUUUAAGGGGAGUAGAUGCUGCUGCCAGACUCAGCUCCUAAUCCUUGUGCCUGUAAGCUUGAGGCAUUGCAAUGGCUGUAGUGAAAACAAGACCGGGGAGAUGAUAUGUACUCUCCACUCCUCCUCAUUCUGUCUGUUGACUUGCAUGCACUAUCUUUUCAACAUGUUGAUGAAUGUUUUAUGUUUACACAGUAAAACCCUGGUGCCCAGAGCAGCCCUGGGGAAAGCCACCAGAGACCACUACACACUAAAUGAAGGCCACACAUAGCGUUAGACAACCUCACGGAGACCAUGGCCACCCAGCUCUCACCAGCUCAAAAAGGAGCCAUAGCCACUCUCCAAAUCCCUCUUCUGCCCAGACUAAAAGCAGGUCACUUGGACUGGAGUUGGAAAGCAUAAAAAUAAGUGAUCUUCUAGGGAGACUCUUUCCUGCUUAAGAGGGAGCACUUGACAAUGAUAUCUUAUAGAGAUAAGAAUCAGAACAUGGUUGGUUUUGACUCGGCUGAAACAAUUGUAAAUAUGUAUUUAGACUGUUUUUAAAUGUGCUCCUUAAGUGACCCUUCACUUGGUUCCAGGACACGGGUACCAGUUCUUAAUGUAAGUUGUCCUUGGGGCACGUGAUAUUUUUCUAAAAGUUUGUUUUGGACCCAACAUGCCAAUAAAUCGUAAGUUUCUCUUUUAAAAUUGCCAAAACUUUUGUCCAGUUUAAAGCAGCCUGUUACAUUAAUCUGUAAAUAGAACUUUUACAGUGUUAAAAAACAAAUGCCAAAUGUUUGGACGUAUUUUCAUCCCUUUUCCCCAGAUGAAUACAGACAUUUGAAUUUUGAGAUAUAAUUAACAAAUUACUAAUUUCAUCCAGACUAUCGACAAAGGUGACCUGCCAAAUUUCACAUGCCCACAACCUAGAAGUGACAUGAGAAAAAUGUCUCACCUUUUCUGACCUAAAAAUUCACACACACCCCCUCCAAAAAUUUUAUUCUAUACCAAACUUUGUAUAACACUGGAGAGUAAAAGUGGGAUAACUUUGCAUGUCUGAUUUCACUGAAGGAUUAAUUUUUACAAGCCUGUGACUAAUCAUUCAGAAUAAAUGUUUGUAAUGCAAAAAGUUACAGCUUUUUAAUUAUCACAUUGGGUGGAUGGGUGUCAUAAAAUAAGAGGUAGAAAGCACGAGGCUUUGGCGUUUGGGCACAUUUAGUUUAUUGAAGAAACUUGGUCAGUGACUCUUGAUUGUGUUCAAAACAACCUCCCAGUCAGUGUCCCAUGAGGCAUCUGAGCUAUAGCAGCUGAGAUUUGGAUGGGAGAAAGUUAAUCUUGUUGUUCCGAUCAGUGUGUACGUUGUAAUUUAGUUUGGUUCUGUCUCCCUUGGCUGUGCAACUGGUUCUUUCUAUCAGGUCUUCAAAGAGAGAGACAUUUUAUUUGGAGAGUACUGUUGAUCAAUCAUUGUUAUAUUUUACAAUGUCGACGUAAAUCUAACUGUGUUUGCGGUGACAGGCACUUCCAAUUCUGGAUCGUCUCCCUUUUGCAGUAUUAAAUAAAAUUGUG